GUGGUUGCGCACGACGGCGCCUCAGUUUGCUCGCGCUGCCCGCGCAGCUCACUCGUGUGUUCAAAUUCUCGCUGUUACUCACGUGAACCGACUUUCCGAUACGAAUUUGGAACGUUUCCGACCGGUCUAUUCGGUUACGCGCGCCCGCUCCCGUUACAAAAGACCGCGCGCCCGCUUGAAGGUUAACAGAUAACUGUGAAGAAACGUGUGCAAGCUGUGUGUGUUGCGGAGUCGGCAGAAGUCGGCAGAUUGUGCUUUAUCAGUGCUGUGGAAUGGAUGUGUUUUGUGGAAAGUGCUAAUUUUGUUUGGUUCGAGACUUACGAUACGUUUCACUGAACGUGAUACAAAAAGUGGUUUUGUUAUCGAGUUCAUGUGACUACCGGAGUAUUGAUACGCUGUGCUUUCCCCCUGUCCAGAGCUUGAUUUAUGGACCGACCGGCAAAGAUCAACGCGGCGAACCAGAACAGAACCGCCAACCAAAAUGUGACCACCGAACGAGUAACCAAAACAACAAAAACCAUACAAAUUCAUGAAUCCUGCAAGAUUACAUGAUUCAAAACAAUAUUUAUUGUAAUUAACUUUAGAUAACGAAUCUAGUCGCCAUAGCACUAUUUAAACGAAGCAAUUUAGACUUUAUUUUACUAGAAGAUACGGUUGAAGAUCGUAUUCAAGUACAAAGAUUAAGGAAUUGAGGAGACAGUACAAACGACUCGUGGGGACCCUAAUGUUGAUUUAGGAGUAAAUUGAUUUGAUUAGAAGUUCCCUGAGAUAACACGAACAAGAUGUCUACAAGUUUUGAACACUCUUCGAUGAAGAGUAGCUUCUCGCUGUCAUCUUUGAGGAGCGCGCCCGCGCCGCCUGGUGGCCGCUGUGAACAACUCGAGCGGCCGUAUCACAGUCUUACGAAAAAGAGGAAGGAGCCAUGUCGCGAAGCUUGGCGCCGCAGCUGGGGGUCUGCAGCGAGUGGCGGCAGCGCCGUCGACGACCUGUGGCCGCUGCUGCAGCACCACUACGACUAUAUCAUGGACAACCAGAUUAUCGAUAGUUGCAAGGAAGCGAAUGGCGAGCUUCUCUCCCGUAACCCGGCACUGCACUGCCCGCGUCUCCUGAACCCGACCUCUGGCUUCAACCGCCAGUGGUCGCUGAGUCAGCUGGUCGCGGAGUUCAAUGAACUGUGCCAGUGGCUCAGCCAUGUGCAGGAGGAGAUAUAUUCUAGUCCCGAGAACUUGUCCAGCAGGAAGUUGAGGAUAAAUCGUAUGACGGAGCUGGUGGCAGUGGAGCCGCGCCGCGCCAAGUUCAUCGAGCAGGGCACCGCUAUACUCGAACGUAUACCGGAGGCUAGUGCUGAAGUGACGUGGCGAAUAGAACAUUUGAAUGUAAAGUGGGAAGGUCUCCGGUUGCUACUUAGUCCUGAGCAGCAGCAUCGUGAAGGAGACAGUUCUGACACAGUUGACACAGCUCACGAGUUGAAAUGUCUUCGACGUUGGCUACACUGCAUGGAAGGUCGGCUGCCUCCGCCGUCGCUGGCAGCAGCUAGAGGAGCUUCAUACCACGAGCUGCUGAGGAAACUCGGAGAACAUAAGGUAAGUUGAGUAACUGACCAGUCGGUUUAAUUCUGAGGGUAAGUACUUGUGCGUUCUUAAGGUGGGUGCCUAAUGAGGCGAAACAUUGAUUUGAUUUUUUAUUGGACAUAUUA